AUGGCUCCUCCACGAAACAACUGCUCGUUCAGAAAUCUCCUCAUCUCCACCGUGCAUGAGCCGGGGAGUUUCCGAGGAAACGUCACAAAGAAAGGAAAGUCUUUCAAUGCAGGACCCGCACGGGCGUUUGUGUUCCCAAGGAGGAAGAAGGGAGAAUCUCAGAGGUCUAGUCCCAAGUCCCUCAGUCUGAGCCUCAACGACAUUAAGGCUCUUUUCUACAUGCGACAAGUGGAAGCUGCGUCUCACCUGGGCAUCUCCCUUACCGCCAUGAAGAAUGCAUGCAGGCGCGUUGGUGUUGUUCGAUGGCCAUACUCCCGUCAAAGACCAGAGAAUCCGCUUCUGAAGAGCAAGGAAACCAAUCAAGCCAAGCCUUCCGAGGUCUGCAAGGAGAGCAAGCAUCCAGCGACGGAGAAGCAAGAGCAAGUGGUGCUAAAGACGGAGGAAGUGGACUUCAUCUCCGAAAAGGUAGAGCUAGACAUCAGCGACAGUGUCGGCGUGGUGCUCGAGUGUGACAACGACCUUGAGAGCUGCAACGAAGACUCGCUCCAGCAUGAUAGCACCAGGAGCUCUUGCUCGGUCAGUAGCCCUCACUGCGAAGAAUUCUCUAGCAUAGUCGCCUAUCUACACGGGCCCAACCCGUCAGAAUGGCUCAAGUCAGGCAAGAGGAAGAAUGCUUGCGUCGGCUCCUUGGAUUCAGACAUUAGCACUGGCGACAUGCAACUGCUCUCGUGCGAGGAGUUCUCGAGCUCGGCGAGCGAGUAUGACGCUGAGCUCUCUUGCAGUCAAUUCGACUAUGAUGGGCUAGACGCGAUCAUGGAGCUGGACGGGAGUCUCGAGCUGGAAGAUCGCUGA